UUGGAUGUGUGAUUGAUCCUGAGGCUGGGUAGUGUGUGUUUCUCGCUAUACCCGAGGUGUUAAUAUUAACACACAACCGAAGCGAACGCUUUAUUUCUGAUCGAUCGGAGCCUAUUUGAUAUUCCUUCAACAGACGUUUCAUUUGUAGUUAGGUAGGAAGCAGACAGUUGACAGGGCUGUUAACAUCUUAGCCUGACGUACGACGUUACGAUGUUCCACGGAAUUGUUCAUACAUCCAGGAUGUGACCAGGUUUACUACUACAGUUAUAUAAAAUGACAUGUCACAGUGAAGGACCGGAGACAUGACGUCGCCACUAAUCAUCCUGGUGGCCAGCGCGGUCAUUACUGGCGCGUUUGGUAGUCUGUUUAUCCUACUGGCCAUCGCUGUGGACACCUGGCAGGAAGUUUACUACGACACGUCCAUCCUCUCUCCCUACACAAACAACAAUAGCAGCUCCAUCCAGAUAACCCUGGCCUCAUCUUCAGCAUCCUACAUCAAGUACAAGGAGGAACAAACGGACGGUAGCUGGGUCACCUACUACCUAUAUAACACAUACAGUGGCGUAUGGCGGGUGUGUGACACUCUCUCAGAUGCCGCCAGGAGCGAGUUAGCCACACUGGGUCAUGUCAAGAACGAGUGUUAUAACUUCGUUUCCGAAUAUGACGAAGAAUCGUCCAGCCUUCCUGAGAAUGGCAAAUCCAUAGCACGCUUACAGAACUCUGCGGCGUCCUGCUUCAUCGUUAGUAUAAUAGACCUUGUGGCCGCCGCGGGGGUAGGGGUGAUCGCCCUAACACAGAAACAGGUGGCCGCCUGUAUGGUAACGGGAGUCCUUUACUGUAUGGCAGGUCUGUUCACAGUAUUCGGUCUGGCCAUCUUCCACACCAAGCACUACUACGAGACGUACAUGUGUCACGCCCUGGAAACCAUCCCCAGCGUCGCCUGUACUGCCAGGGUCGUACAGAUUAACUGGGCGUCUCCUCUGGCCUGGGUCGGCGUCGUCAUAUGUGUCAUAGCAACAGUACUUUGGCUAUUCCUUACCAGGGCCAUCCGCGUCAUCAAGGCCAAGACCAUGCUGUAGUGUGAUUCCUUCUGAUCAUUAAAUACCGCAUUCUGUGAUAUAAGUCUCUCCCAGGCAUCAGAAAGUAGAAAAAAGCAUUUCGGAAUAUUUUUAUACAAAAAACAGCUUUUCCAAAAAUCCUUACCGAAAUGUUUCAAACAUUUUUUUAUUUCUAAUUUGUUGACGAGCGCCGACGCUACGUGCUGGCGGAAAGUGAUUGUUAAAAUACGUUUGUGAAUGUGACGUCAUCACGCGAUACGACAAAGAAGCAUAUAUUGUAACGACAUCCCGAGCACAAUUACACGUGACAAUUGUACUGGUAUAUCCCGUCGUUUUAAUGACUGGUUGAGACUUGGACGAUUUUCAGUGGCCUUCACUCAUCCUGCCGAGAACUGCUGAAUAUUUUAGAUCGCCUUAGAAUUCAAUGAGCUCUGGUAUUAUCCUGUUGUAUCUACCUGCCUUGUACCUACAGUAAUCACGUGACUUAUUUUACAAUAACACAUUGUAACAUCACUCGGGUGUUCUUUUUACAAACAUGAAUGUGCGAACUGUUUCCUGUCGAUUGAUUGAACAUUGUCAAAAUUACACUUUUUUUUAACAAUGUCAUUGGUUUGGUUCACAAACACCUGAACAAUAUGCUAAGAUGUCUUUGAACACCUCAAUCACAUAUGCUGUUUUUGAAUACAAGAACAAUGCCAUAUGCGGUCUUUGAACAUCUGGUAAAAGAACUAUGCUGUUCUUGAACACAUGGACAAUGUUAAAGAUUGUUCUCGAACAGCAGCAACGUCAUUCGCGAAUACCUGAACAGUAUCACAGGUUAUUCUAGAGCCAGGAAUAACGUCGAAGGCUAUUUUCGAACACCUGAACAAUGUUAUAUCUGUAAUGAUUGACUAUGUUUUGGUUAAUACAAGGAAUUAUUAACCUCAGAAAAAACAACAUUUACUUCAAACUAGUUCAUCACAGAACAGUACUUAUUGUAAACAAUGAUAAAAAAAAUGACCCAAACUUUUCUAAUGAUUUAAAUUUCGACCUUAACAAAUCAACAUGCACACAAAGACAUUUGUCAUUGUUUGUUCCAAAGAUGUAACAUUGUUUGUACUAAGAUGUAACAGACUGUGUUAAACAGUCUCGUCCCGUGCCUGAUGAAUAUCAGUUACUUUUUAAAUUCUGGUGAUUGCUUCGCUACUGGUUCGUAACCAAUGUGAUGUACGAAUAGUACUCAUCGCAGGGAGUUCGGGGCCACGGCUAUGCGUCGUAGGAGGGCAUUGCUUCGAAAGGUACAGAUGUGUGACAGAGAUGAGAAAUCAUAUUGAUAUUGUUCUCAUCAGGUAUCAUUCGUGAAAAUACUUCUAUCACAGAACCAAAAGAUGUCUUAGUGUAUGUUCUCGGGAACUCUGGCAAUAUCUGAUAGAUCGGCAAAAUUACCAAGCAAACAUGGUGAAGAUAGCCAUGACCCCAUGAGCAACACAACAAAUCUGGUAGCUAAUGUGCAAUUUAAGGGUUUCUCGUGAAAAUCGGCGUUUAAUAUAUUAUAAAAUAGUUUUUGAUCAUUCUUUAACUGUUUUCAAGCAUUAUUCCUGUUUAAAAGCAAUGCAGUUAUCCGCAAAAAUGCCAUUUUCGUCUAGAGAUACCUUAGAUAUCCUGGCUACCGUGAUGACGAAUGAUAUGGGAACAAUACUAACAUGAUUUCUCACCUAUGUCACAUUCCGUGCAGAUUCGGAGCCAUGCCCUCCUAAGACGUAACGCCGUGCCCCAAAUGUGGCGAUGUACACGGUGAUACCGGUGUUCAUCAGGAAACAGACGUGAUUAUCUCUCCUUGGUGUCAAUCCGUCCGUAACGUACGCACUGAUGUAAAUCUACAUGCCAUGUCUGUUCUUGUAAAUGUUAGAUUUGUUUUAUUUAUCUCCGAUGUAGUCCGGUGUUCAGUAGGGAGUAUCUGUUCAGUUUGAUAAGUUACAUUCGUCGGUGUUCUAAGUGUGACGGCAGUAACCUCGGUGUCGAUGUGAACCGUUACCCAGGAACUUGUCCCCAUAGUAUGACAAAUACCAAUGGGUACCAACAUGAUAGAAUAAAAUCAACACAUCAGAUAUUCGAGAACAAACUACUCUGAGUAAAUCCAUUGUCUAUAAAGACAGGCUGAUGAAUACAUAUAUUCAAGAAAGAACUAAUUUUUUCAUUAGAUUCAAAAACAAUCGAUCAAAGAAUAUAGGAUGAUUUGAUCACGUGACAGAUCUUGAUAAUAAUAUUUGAUUUUCUUCCAUGUUACAAUGUAAAGUGGUAAAAAUACAUCAUUUGUGUCCGUU